AUAUUACACAGUUAACUGGUAAUGUGUUAUACCAUGAGCUAUCUCAAGGUACUAACGUGGUAAUCAUGGGAAUCAUUAUGUUAUUAUACUCUUCACUACCUAGCUGAAAUUGAUCUAGAAUGAGUAAAUUCCUAAGCAAGAAUUCUUUACUAGGCUGCGCCUUAGUUGGUGGCGUUGUUUACAUGAAUCGUUAUGACUUUUAUCGCAUGUGGAAAUAUUUUUUUCAUCCGUCAUCAUACAAAAAUGGCAAAAAUGAUAUAUUACGUAUGAGUGAAGGAAAUUACAACAAAAAAAACACGACUUUUGAGGCAUAUAUAGAUAAAACGAAGAUGAAAUGCAUGAAAGAAACCAUUGAAUCUUUACGUACUGGCGACCUAAUAUUCAUACGUUAUAAUCAAGAAAAAUUGAAUCUCGUUAGCAGAUAUAAGAUCGCUGCCAUAAGAGCUUUGUCUAGGGGGAAGAUAUAUGACGAAGUAGGGAUAGUAUGCAGAAACCAAGGUAUGAACUAUGUUAUCUUCCUUCCGUCUUGUAAUUUGAAUCUUGUGAAUGAUGGAAUGUGUAACAUCGUACCCGAUUUGACGAAUGAAAAAUCGCACUGCGUUCUUAUAGAUGCCAAUCAGCUGAUCAAACAACUGGUGCCAGAUAUGGUCACAGUAAAGCGACUGAUAUGUGAUGAAGCAAAACGAAAAGAUAUAGUCGAGGCAAUGCAAAAACUAGUUAAUGCACCCAAUCUACCGAAACGUAGUUUCUUUACAGAACUUAUCCGGAAUUGGAGAAAGGGUAAAAAUAAAAGAAAAUUAGAUUUUGCUGAAUAUAGACAAUGUUUGCAAAUAACGAAGUCAUAUGAUGUAUUCAAUCAGCUGUACAAGAUCCAAUUAGAUGAGAAUAUAUUGGCUGACAAUGAUAAACCUGGAAAGGGCAAUAUCUACUACGAAAGUAAAACCCACAAAUUUGCCGAUAACAACGGAAGCAAGACUAAAUUUACAAAUGAAAGUGAUGACAUGGAACGUAUUCAGAAACCUUGUAAGGAUAUCAUAGAAGAAUUUCAAAAAAUUAACAAAAAGAAGCAAAAAAUUGAUAGCAAUUAUACCGGGGCCUCCUUUAUAAUUCGUCUAUACGCUCUUUCAGGAUUAAUGCUUACAAGUGGCCUAUUGAAUGAAAUGGAAAUUGAUGAGUUGUUUGCUUUAAAUUUUCUUCCUUGUGACGCAAAGGAAACUAUCGUACCUAGACUUUCACAACCUUUCCAGGUUUUUGAUGGAGCACAUUACAGGAGCACCUUUGAAAAUCUAAAGCGAUGGUCAAAUUCAGAUGUUUUGAAGAGUAGAUUAUGACU